CUCCCAGACGUUGAGCAUUGGCUAUCCUCUCCCUGACGCGCGGCUGCAACCACCCUGACUGCAAGCCUCUCCAGUCCGCCAGUCGCAGAGACGAAGAAGCCGCGCCGCACAGCCCGCCGCCCCGCCGAGGUACCGACGGUGGCCGCCUACCCUAGCACGGCUGCGCUCCCACCGGAUCCGGCAUUGCUCGUGCCUCGUGCUGGGUUGGCCGUCGGUCGUCGCCCUCCCCCUCCACCCCGGUGCUCGGCCGUCUAGCGGGAACGGCGCAGCCGCGCAGACGCAACGGGCGCUCGCCGCUCGGCAAGGGCGGCCUCAGGGGCAGUGCCAGGGCCAAGGGGGCCGAGGAGCAGCACAGGAGCCCGCCGCCAGCCGUCUGCUCAAGCCCCAGUGGCGGAUCUACAGCCGGCGCCGAGGGAGUAUAUGCAGGCGCCAAGCCCUUCAUCCAGCUGAUGUAGCAAUAGUUACUCACCUUUGAUCCUCACUAUACUGAUACUUCAAGAUGGAACAAAUUUCACUUGGCAACAGAUACAAGGAGUGCAGGCCACGAAGAACUAGCAGCUGUCAAACAAAAAUACUUGUUGGAAAGGAUGUAUUGCAUGAACUAGAGCAAAGGCGUUCAUCACCAAGUGUGAUUGCAAAACUGAUGGGAAUUGAUGUGUUGCCACCUAAUGUGGUCAAUAGUCGGCAUCAAGAAUUUAAGGAUGUUUUUGAAGUGUCAGAGGAGCCACCAGAGGCUGUCACAAAAGAGAGGUCCCAUCAUUUCCCAAAAGGCUUGCCAAGCUUGAAACAAAGUGCACUAAGAUUAAAAAAGCUUAUGCCAUCAAAAACACUCUACAGAGAUGAUACACAUGAUUGUCAUGUGGAUAGCACAGAUGGCUUGGGUCGCUUGAACUCAGUGGAAAUAAAUAAUCCUUUAUUUGAGAAGCGCCCUCGUGACAUGAACUAUUCUGCAAAUUAUCAGUACGAGAAAAAUACAUCAAGUGACUGCAGGACUUACCCUGUGGGUUUAGCCAAUUCUUCACUCAGCAAUUUCAGCCUUUUAUCAAGAGGAAAAAACAAAGAUUUUAACAACAUUGUUCUUCUGGAACCACCAUGCUUGGACAAAGGGCAUGAUCCAGAAAACGUUUUUUCCAUUCCAUACCUAUCUCCUCUCAAUAAGAACUGCAGGAGAGGCAUGAAACAUAAGCAAUCUGAGUUUCCUGUAAUGGAGAAUGGAAGAGAUUGGCAACAUAUAUUAAGUACUGAAGAUAAUAAUGUGCCUCGAAUUAGAAAAGAAAGAUUCUUGACUAGUGACCCCAUUGAUCGACUGCAAAUUGGACAGGAAGCAUCAGUUCAUCAGUUUGGCAAUACUGAUGCGAGUUGUCCUGGAUCAUCACAGAGGUAUUUUUGUGGUAAUGAUAACUUUAAUCAAACUAAUAGGUCAUCAUCAAACAGCACGCUGUUGAAAAUACGCCGGCAUGCGGAAUCUGCUGUUGGUUCAAAAACUCUUGCACAAAUGUUUGCUCUAUCUGAUUCUGAAAGACUCAAGCUAAAUUCAAACUCACGUGCUCCAAUUCGGCGUAAUAUGAUUGACCGUGAUAAUGGUCAUAGCAAGGAUGGAUGCUUUAUAGUUUUACCAAAGCAUGCACCUCUGCAGUCUAUCCGAAGCUCAAUGGACAGGAAUUCUUGCUCGGAAGGCUCCUCUCAGGGUAAAAAAAAUUCAAAUAUAUCCAAUAUUUACAACAACGGGAAGUGUCAGUUUGAUUAUUUCCGGGAUAAACCAAGACUGCUGAAGCAAAUUGGCAGUGGCAGUGAAGCUCACUCAGCUCACUUGAGCAAUGCUUGCUGUUUCCAAAACCUGACAGCAGAUAACUUUUCAAGUCCUGAUUGCUUAAAUGAGAAAGUAUUGUUCACAACAGAUGAAGACUUAGUGCUACAACCACCAGAAUCCGUAGCUUCUGGGUUCAACUUGCAGGUUUCUAGGAAACAACGGGUGACAAUACUGCCUUUCCGUUGUCACGAGGAUGAAUUAAUAUCUGUUUCGGAUCAUACUGACAGUACAAAAUCUUGUAAAGGCUCAAAAGAGGUUGAGCAACCGAGCCCAGUGUCCAUCCUUGAGCCUCCAAUUGAUGACGAUAUUUGUUUUCCAGGAUGUUUGGACUAUGAUGACUUGCAAGGGAUGGCUAAUGUAGAGAAACAAAGAGAUGGCCAUCAAUAUCACAAUGAAUCUGAAGUUGCCAUGUCAAGUGAUGAUGAAGACCAUUCUUUUUACCAAUCUUUGGAAGCAUUUCAGGUCGAGGAAAACUGGGACUUCUCAUAUCUUCUUGACAUACUUAUAUGCUCUGGUAUCAUAGUUGCUGACUGGCAGCUCAUCUGCAAGUCAUGGUACUUGCCUGGUUGCCCUGUUGGCCCUCAUGUCUUUGAUAGACUUGAGAGGAAGUACAACAAAAUCGCCACAUGGGCAAAGCCUGAGAGGAGGCUUCUGUUUGACCUCGUGAAUUCAAUCCUUUCUGAGGUCCUUGCACCAUGUGUUGAUGUGCACCCAUGGGUGCGGCCUAAUAGACACUGUGUGGCUCUUUGGGGUCCUGAAGGUCCUGUUGAGAAGGUUUGGCAGACAAUUGUUAGGCAGCGGGAAGAUUGUGUCACAGGGCAACCUGAUGAGAUGGUUCUUGAUACAAAAUGGCUGGAAGUAGGCAACGACAUCAAUAUGGUGGGGAAGCAGAUAGCUAUGAUGUUACAUGGCGACCUCUUGGAAGAAGUCAUAGUGGACUUCCUGUGAUGAGUUGGUAGUUUCUUGAGGACCUAAUUAAGAACUUGGCAAUGGUAGCAGAAUACUAUGGCGACAUGGGGUUCGCCCAAACUUCAAGCAGAUUAUGCUGAAGUAUGUAACAGCUUUUCAAGUGCACAUAUGCUGCAUUUUUCUUCUGGUUAUAAUAGGAGCUAUGAAUCGUGCCAUUACACUGGAGAGCAGAAUAUACAGGCCAAAAAAACACUAAUGCAGGUAUUUCUGGAUUCUGUACUGAUAAGCUGUCCUAUCUGAUGCUUUGAUGUGUGUAGUAAAUGUAAGCUAGAAAAAUACCUAUCCGCCAUCCAGGUUUGAGGAUGUCAGUAGAUAUUUAGGAUUCAAUAUUUGCUAACGUGCAGCACAUAUUAGAGGGUUCUAUCAUCUUAAGCCUAUAGGCAUUCGACAUGUAAUGUAAUCGACAGUUGCAGAGUAUACAUAUUUAGGAUCUGAGUUAA